AUGACAGGAUUCGUUCAGAACGAAGCGGCCUUUGUCUCACUACAAAUCCUAUCGAACGACACCCUACUGAAUCAGCUCAACGAAACUUCUAAUCAAUAUUUCCCAAGAAUGAUCGAAACGAAAGACACAGAAAAAACACGUGCGAUGCUGAAGAGACGAUUUUUCCCAGGUGGUUCUUCGAAUCGAUGGCUCACCGAAGACAACAAAAAAGGACUUGAAGAUUUUUUCUCAGAAUCCAUGUUUCUGUACCCAUUAGCGGAGGCAAUCGACCAGUCUGACGACGGUCACAUUCCAACGUCCUUGUACUAUUUUGCCUUUCAAUCGAACCAUUCAUAUUCCAAGUUUUACACCAACUCGGAUGACAACUAUGGCGUCUGCCAUUGUGACGAACUGGCCUAUCUAUUUCGUGCCAAGGAUCUUUUCACAGACUACGAACCGAGAUCACCAGAAGCCGCGAUGGCUGACCUUUUUGUCAACUAUAUUGUUCGGUUUGCCUACGAUGGGGUUGAAAAAUCAAACAACUGCGUCGUUCAAGAGUGUGACAUUUUGGAAUUUACAAACGCGGAAUCAAACUUCCAACGUCUUGGAAAGCUGGAAGACUAUGGAGUCGAUGAUGAAAUGGUUGAAUUUUGGAGAGAACUAUACAGUCAGUAG